UGCAGUUCUUGCUGAAAUGUCAACAUGAUAUUGGGACACUGGCUUUUCAGUGCCAUCAUGGUUUCCAGCCACUACUUGGUUUUGCUUCUCUGCUUUUUGCUGCUGCUUCCUCUUUUGCCAGCUGCAGUCUUCUUAAAGCAGGAGCAGGCAAACAGCUUGCUGAAAAGACAAAGAAGAGCGAAUAGCUUCUUUGAAGAGUUAAAAAUAGGAUCGCUACAACGGGAGUGCUUUGAAGAAGUGUGUUCGUACGAGGAAGCCAGAGAAAUCUUCCAAGAUGUUAAAAGGACAAUGGAAUUCUGGCAGAAUUAUGUUGAUGCCAAUCAGUGUGACUCUAACCCCUGUCAGAAUGGUGGGACAUGUGUUGACCAAUUUCAGGCUUAUGUUUGCCUUUGCCCUGAGGAGUAUAAGGGCAAAAACUGUGAAAAAGGUCUGAUUGACAAACCGACGUGCAGUAAUGAAAAUGGUCACUGUGAACAUUAUUGCAUUGACAGUCCAACCAUGAUACGACAAUGCUUUUGUGCAGAGGGUUACGUACUAGCAAGUGAUGAAGUGUCCUGUACUCCCCAAGUGGAUUACCCAUGUGGGAAAAUACCUGUUUUGGCAAAGCAAAACACAACUCAGCGGGGGAGAAUUGUAGGUGGUUAUGUCUGUCCUCCAGGUGAAUGUCCGUGGCAGGCUCUGCUAAUAGAGAAUGAGAAACCAAAGUGUGGGGGUUCCCUGGUGGGACCGAGCUGGGUGGUUACUGCCGCUCACUGCUUAGAGAACACACAUCCCAAACAGCUCCGAGUAAAACUGGGUGAACACACAAUAGAUCAUGAGGAUGAAGGGGAGCAAGAAAGGAAGGUUUCUGAAAUCAUAAUUCAUGAAAAAUAUAUUCCACAAACAACUGACCAUGACAUUGCCUUGCUGCGCCUGGAGGCGCCUGUUAACUUCAGUGAUUAUGUGGUACCGAUAUGUUUGCCCGAGAAACAGUUUGCAAUGUCUGAGCUGUCCUCCAUUAGGUUCUCCACAGUGAGUGGAUGGGGGCGUCUAAUAGAAGGAGGUGCCACUGCUGCAGUUCUUAUGAGAGUUGAUGUUCCACGUGUAAAGACACAAGAGUGUAUACAUGAGGCCAACUUAACUAUUACAGAGAACAUGUUCUGUGCAGGAGACCUCAGUGGGACUAAAGACUCCUGCAAAGGGGACAGCGGCGGACCUCAUGCCACAAAGUACAACACCACCUGGUUUCUGACAGGGAUUGUCAGCUGGGGGAAGGGGUGUGCUACCAAAGGCACUUACGGGGUUUAUACAAGGGUGUCUAAAUAUCUCGAAUGGUUAAACAAUCACAUGGAUUCAUAAACUGCCAGGCUUCCUCUGGGCAGAACGUUUCCAAACUGCAGAGUUGUCUUUUUGAGUCCCACCUGGGACGCUUCCCUGUUUAGCAUUUUUCCGGAUCUUAAAUAAAUUACCCACACACUUACAUAA